AUGUUGGCGGUGUUCAGCGGCGGGGUGGUGGAGGUGCCGGCGGAGCUGGUGGCGGCGGGCAGCCGGACGCCGUCGCCCAAGACCAGGGCGUCCGAGCUCGUCGGCCGCUUCCUGGGGGCCUCCGAGCCGGCGGUGUCCAUGCAGCUCGGCGACCUCGGCCACCUCGCCUAUUCGCACACCAACCAGGCCCUCCUCCGCCCAAGGUCGUUCGCGGCGAAAGACGAGGUGUUCUGCCUGUUCGAGGGUGUGCUGGACAACCUGGGGCGGCUGAGCCAGCAGUACGGGCUGUCCACCAAGGGCGCCAACGAGGUGCUCCUCGUCAUCGAGGCCUACAAGACGCUCCGUGACCGGGCGCCCUACCCGGCCAGCUUCAUGCUCGCCCAGCUCACCGGCAGCUACGCCUUCGUGCUCUUCGACAAGUCCACCAACACCCUCCUCGUCGCAUCUGAUCCUGAGGGCAAGGUGCCGCUCUUCUGGGGGAUCACUGCCGACGGCUGCGUCGCCUUCUCUGAUGACAUUGACAUGCUCAAAGGAUCAUGUGGCAAAUCGCUUGCGCCUUUCCCACAAGGUUGCUUCUACUCUAACGCCCUUGGAGGCCUGAAGUGCUACGAGAACCCCAAGCACAAGGUCACUGCUGUCCCUGCAGACGAGGAAGAAAUCUGUGGUGCAACUUUCAAGGUGGAAGGGUCUACAGUCCUGACAGCGCUGCAUUAUUAG